UUGCCCUUCCACCUGUUUCCCCAGAAAGACAGGAUCCUGGUCCCUGCUACGUUCCUGGGGCCAUGGCAGGCCUGGGCCCCGGCGGAGGCGAUUCAGAGGGGGGACCCCGGCCCCUGUUUUGCAGAAAGGGGGCUUUGAGGCAGAAGGUGGUCCACGAAGUCAAGAGUCACAAGUUCACCGCUCGCUUCUUCAAGCAGCCAACCUUCUGCAGCCACUGCACUGACUUCAUAUGGGGGAUUGGAAAACAGGGCCUACAAUGUCAAGUCUGCAGCUUUGUGGUUCAUCGACGAUGCCACGAAUUUGUGACCUUCGAGUGUCCAGGCGCUGGGAAAGGCCCCCAGACAGACGAUCCCCGGAACAAGCACAAGUUCCGUCUGCACAGCUACAGCAGCCCCACCUUCUGCGACCACUGCGGCUCCCUCCUUUACGGGCUGGUGCACCAGGGCAUGAAAUGCUCCUGCUGCGAGAUGAACGUGCACCGGCGCUGUGUGCGCAGCGUCCCGUCUCUGUGCGGUGUGGAUCACACCGAGCGCCGCGGGCGCCUGCAGCUGGAGAUCCGGGCUCCGACCUCGGAUGAGAUUCACGUCACGGUUGGCGAGGCCCGUAACCUCAUCCCAAUGGACCCCAAUGGUCUGUCUGAUCCCUAUGUGAAACUGAAGCUCAUCCCAGACCCUCGGAAUUUGACAAAACAAAAGACCCGGACGGUGAAAGCCACGCUAAACCCUGUGUGGAACGAGACCUUUGUCUUCAACCUGAAGCCGGGGGACGUGGAGCGCCGGCUCAGCGUGGAGGUGUGGGACUGGGACCGGACUUCGCGCAACGACUUUAUGGGUGCCAUGUCCUUUGGCGUCUCGGAGCUGCUCAAAGCGCCAGUGGACGGCUGGUACAAGUUACUGAACCAGGAGGAGGGCGAAUAUUACAAUGUGCCGGUGGCUGAUGCUGACAACUGCAGCCUCCUCCAGAAGUUUGAGGCCUGUAACUACCCCCUGGAACUGUAUGAGAGGGUGCGGAUGGGUCCCUCUUCCUCUCCCAUCCCCUCCCCAUCCCCCAGCCCCACCGACUCCAAGCGCUGUUUCUUCGGGGCGAGCCCUGGACGUCUGCACAUCUCCGACUUCAGCUUCCUCAUGGUUCUGGGAAAAGGCAGCUUUGGGAAGGUGAUGCUGGCAGAGCGCAGGGGCUCUGAUGAGCUCUAUGCCAUCAAGAUCCUGAAGAAAGACGUGAUUGUCCAGGAUGAUGACGUGGACUGCACCCUGGUGGAGAAACGCGUGCUGGCCCUGGGGGGCCGAGGCCCCGGAGGCCGGCCUCACUUUCUCACCCAGCUUCACUCCACCUUCCAGACCCCGGACCGCCUGUAUUUUGUGAUGGAGUAUGUCACCGGGGGUGACUUGAUGUACCACAUUCAGCAGUUGGGCAAGUUUAAGGAGCCCCAUGCAGCGUUCUACGCAGCAGAAAUCGCCAUCGGCCUCUUCUUCCUUCACAAUCAGGGCAUCAUCUACCGGGAUCUGAAACUGGACAACGUGAUGCUGGAUGCUGAAGGACACAUCAAAAUCACUGACUUUGGCAUGUGUAAGGAGAACGUCUUCCCCGGGACCACAACUCGCACAUUCUGUGGGACCCCAGACUACAUAGCCCCUGAGAUCAUUGCCUACCAGCCCUAUGGGAAGUCUGUCGACUGGUGGUCCUUUGGGGUUCUGCUGUAUGAGAUGUUGGCAGGACAGCCCCCUUUUGAUGGGGAGGACGAGGAGGAGUUGUUCCAGGCCAUCAUGGAACAAACUGUCACCUACCCCAAGUCGCUUUCCCGGGAAGCUGUGGCCAUCUGCAAGGGGUUCCUAACCAAGCACCCAGCAAAGCGCCUGGGCUCAGGGCCAGAUGGAGAACCCACCAUCCGAGCUCAUGGCUUUUUCCGCUGGAUCGACUGGGACCGGCUGGAACGACUGGAGAUCGCGCCUCCGUUCAGACCCCGCCCGUGUGGCCGCAGCGGCGAGAACUUCGACAAGUUCUUCACGCGAGCAGCGCCAGCGUUGACACCGCCAGACCGCCUAGUUCUGGCCAGCAUCGACCAAGCCGAUUUCCAAGGCUUCACCUAUGUCAACCCAGAUUUCGUGCACCCAGAUGCCCGCAGCCCCAUCAGCCCAGCGCCUGUGCCAGUCAUGUAAUCUCACCUGCUGCCACUAGGUGUCCCCAUGGCUCCCUCUGCCACGCCUGCCUUACUUCCCCACCCCUUUCCAAUUCUAGAUCUUGUUCCCCAGCAUUCUGGCCUCUGCCUCCUGGGUUCUAGAUGCCCCUCCCCAGCGUUCCUGGCAUUCUAAACUCCAUACAGUCUCUAGAGCCGGACCGUGUUCUAGAUUCUGCCGCGUUGAGCCCUAGAUUCUGACCUGCCUCAGUGUUCUGGACUCCGCUCCAUCAAGUUCCAGAACCACCAACACCAUCCCAACUCUACGGAGUUCUAGACUCCAUCUUGCUAGAAUCUAUGCCUCGCCUUUCUCCUCCUCCCCUGGGAAAUAGUCUCAUGUGGUGGAACUAUUCCAGACUCUGAUUCCAGAAUAAUCCCCUCCUCCAAGGCCCCGCCUACCUGCACUGCAUUCUGGAGUAAGUGGGAGGCUGUGCCCCCAUGCUCCAGCACCCCACUUCUAUGCUCUGGAGACUCCUGGGAUGUAUGGAGGAUUCUUUCCCCAACUGUUCCCAGUCAGCUUUUGUCCUAGACUCCCCCAUUCUAAACCCAUCACUGCAUGGCACCAGUCUUGCUCGGAACCCUACCCUCACCCCAAUGCCUGCCACUCCUGGGGACUCUCCCCCUCUCUUCUUCUCUGCCUCUCCCACCUGGCCACAGCUGCUGGAGAAUAAAUUUGGGAUGCUG